AUGCGCCCAAUGACCGCAAUAUUGUUGCCAACUAAAGCGAGCAGGGAUGCAAGGAAUAAUCCGGCUGCUGUAGACGCGCUGAACCCGCCACCCCCACUACCCAGCCGGAUGAUUAACAUGGACGUUGGACGACACUGGUCGGACUCCAGACCUCGUCCUGCUGCAGUGACGACUGGUUUGCAUGGACUAGCCCCGACGUUCGAUGCAGUCAGUGAUGCGAAGGAAGUCGUGGGAGAUCAGAUGCUUGUAUUGCCAGACUUUGACCUGCAAACCCACGGGGCAAUGUCGCUCUCUUGUACCCAAUACCCGAUUUCAUGGAAUGCCCCUCUGCUCGGCGCCCAAAGCGCCUUCAAUAGCCAACACAGCAGCCGGAUACCAAACUCGUACGAUCUCUCCCCUGGCUCGUUGUCGAGCGAGCCGGGCGACUCGGUCGCGAUGCGGUUGGAGUACGGCCGCCCUACCAGGCCCUCAUCCAGCGCAUCCUCAUCCUGGGUCAUGUCGAUGACAGGAUCCGAGAGUGAUUCGUCGGUCGCCUCAGAUGAAGAGCAGGACGAUAUGGCGGCUGAACUGGAAGACCAAAUCUCGAAUGUCGUAAAUGCGCCCCCGCGCGGACCCUGUAGUAAGACCUGGUCUCUUCCACCGAGAACUCGACGAAAGCGAAAAUCUACAGUUGAAGAUUCAUCGAAGAGAAAGCAUCGCAAAUCCGGCGGCACCCGCCGCCGUGGCCCGUUUAAAGAUGAUGGAAAGCGCCGCAACACAGCCCUUACAAGGAUCCUGAAGGGCUGUAUCCGGUGUCGCAUGAUGCGUAUCAGGUGUGAUCCAGAUACAGAGAACCUCGGUGGUGACUGUCUCACCUGCCAACGCUCGCAUCACUCAAAGGCUCCUAGUAUACGAAAAUUACCGUGUCUCCGAUGGAUCAUCACCGACGUAUCGCUAUACCGAGAACAAGACAUGCCGUGUCAACUCUUCAGCAGGCGUUGGCAGAGUAUGGACCUAAUCGACAUCACAGAAUGGGCAUCAUCGGAAAUCAAGACCAUAACACUGUCGCAAAUCUGUGUCGACGCUCCCUAUGAUGUGCAGGUGAGAGAGUUUGUGCCGAUGGAAGGUGAUAUGCUGGAGUCGACAUGGUUAUCAGGGCCGUUCGUCAAACGCCACAGGAUGCCAAUGUACGCGCUUGUCAGCAUGGAAAGUGCCGCGUCAACGCUGAAAUGGUUGACACAGAAAUAUGUGGGCAAGUACAUCGUGCAAACAAUUGGGAAUCUGGACCUCCUGAUCUGGACCACCUACUUCUUUGCCUUUCAGUAUCAAACAAAAGCAAAGACUGCCCGAGAAAAAGCCCUGAUCGUGGACUGCCUGAAGUUCUGGGUCGGUUGUCGUAAGAUCAGCAACCCAGAGCGCAUUUGCUCGUAUGAAACGCUUGGAAGUAUGCCGGUGGAUGAUCCAAGCAGCCCUUUCCAUGGGGUUGUACCGAUGCCCUCGAUCAUGAUUCCUCAGAUGGAGUGCAUCAUGUACACCAGAGUACUCCGUCCGCUUAGCAACAAAGUACUCUCGGCACUGAAGGAUCUGAUCAUGGAGAACAAGCGCGAACAUUGGUUGACCAUCUACUUGACCCUGUUCAUAUUGCUCCACAGUUGCGCGCUGCUCACAAGGCGCGAUUGGGAGACAGCCCGCGAAUUUGGCCUGCAGGAGGAAUAUGCCAACCUGGUGAGCAUACAAGGAAUGCAGACCGGUAUGCGCACGAUGUUGGCGCACUUCCACUACCUGAACAAAGGCGUCCUGCCCUUCCAUAUGACUUAUGACGAGGAGUCAUUAAACAACUUGAGAGCGAUGGCGGAUUUGAAUAGUGAUGAGCUCAACUUCGUCAAACAAACAUCUUUCUAUGUCAACGACCGUGCUCGACGCGCGCACAUGGCCGAAAUUCGUUCCACUGUUAACUUUGGCGCUGAUCUGUAUUGGAUUUCGCAAUUGUAUGAUUCUGACUGGACGCCCGGGUCGACUGCAUAG